AUGACGACUCCUAUGUUGCUGAAACAACUUCGAUACCUCUCCCGUAACCCCAAGGGCAAAGUCCUACCACUGACCUACGACUAUGAUUCACAGGCAGAAUGGGUCGACGAUGAUGGAGAAGAUGGGCUCGGGUUUUCAGGGGCGCGGGCUCCCAAACCGACGCCGGAGCCCAAGGUGCACCAGCACUACCACCAAGAACGGGCUGCUUGUGGGUUAUAUAAGCAGAAUGAAAAGUCGUACGAUGACGCGGCUUUCGCUGCUUUCGCUGCUUUCGCUGCUUCUGGGUGGCAGAACGACAGAGCCAUCCAGAAAGCUCACUUCCACCUCACGGUUAACGAUCAAAGCGCGUAUAAUCCAUACCAAAUGGUUCUUCCCCGAUGA